CCUUUCCACUUUCUCCUCGCUGUCUGGCGCCGAGAGAACGAUGUGUUCGUGCUUAUGUUUUUCGGAGGGAGAGCAGUUCGGUCGGCGUUGCUUUUAGGCGCAGGUUUGCUAUGAUCUCUCGAAGAAUCGCCCUCCAGCCAGAAGGAAGGUCCGUCCCCGUCGACUAAUCAAAGAACACAAUUCAAAAGACGAUUGCUCUGAUCUCCACUACCUCCAUUCACUUACGAGGGUAUCAUGCCGGAUAAAGUGACGGAGGGUCAAAGCACGCCGCCCGCCAAGGUGUCCUCGUUUUUUAUCGAGAAUCUACUGCGGAGCAAUGGGAAAGGAAAGCAGACGGGCGGACGGGAGAAGAACGCGGAAGACGUCGGCCCCAGACCAAACUGUUUCCACAACGGGGCUCCUGACAACCAUUACAACCAAGGCUGCUGUCAGAUAUCCGUUCAGGACCUCUGUGUGCACACCUACCCACUCCGAGGAAGCACGUUACAGUGGUAUACACAAGCACGGCCGGCAUGUCCCAGCCCAGACUGUCCGAAACAGAGAUGUCCAAGUUCCGAGGAAGAACAUUGUUUUUCUCUCACACCCAGUGAUCUGGACUCGCCGUCAGUACUGAAUAAAGGAAACGGCCCUAAGGAGAUCUGCAGACAAGAGGAUGGCGAGUUGCGGGAGGAAAAGAGAUCAGAGGCGGAGAGCAACGAGGCGGCGAAAAGCCAAGCGGACGCUGACCAGAAAUCCAGUCGUAAAAAGAAAACGCGCACAGUCUUCAGCAGGAGUCAGGUUUUCCAGCUCGAGUCCACAUUUGACAUGAAACGCUACCUAAGCAGUUCCGAAAGGGCAGGCCUGGCCGCGACGCUUCACCUGACCGAAACUCAGGUCAAAAUAUGGUUUCAAAACCGGAGAAAUAAGUGGAAAAGGCAGUUGGCCGCAGACCUGGACGCGGUCAAUCUUUCUCACAGUGCACAGAGAAUCGUGAGAGUUCCCAUUUUAUAUCACGAAAACUCACCACCUGGCGCCUUAAACUUCAGUAUGCCGCAAGUGUCGCCUCCUCUGAUAAGCUUUUCCAACUCAGUAAGUUAUCCGCUCGCAACAUUCCCUUCUCCUCUGCCUUUCCUAAGAUCACAGAUGAGUGGACUUGUUUAAUACUUCCCUUCGAUCGGAAAACCCGACAUCAAAGCUAAAGACAGUUGCACGAUACAACAACAAAAUAAGCAAAAGACUUGGUCAGCUCCACAGCUUUUUGAUUGCCUCUCACAUUUUUUUAUUGGUACAGAUGUGCAAUAAGUGACUUUUGAGGUGCUAUUACUGCAGGAUCGAAGAGGAAAUUUGUUUUGUACACACACCCGAAGUUAUGACUAUUCGGUGGUUUCCGCAUUCACUGAUUGUAUGGGGUAAUAUUCCACCAUGGCCAUUGAGGCCAACACACACACACACACACACACACACACACACACACACACACACAC